ACGUAACAUCAGUUCUGAUUGAAAAGUCAUCAAAUUAUCAUAUCGAUGAUGGAGCUAAGUCGAGAGUGUCCCAUUUGUGGUGUGGCAGCCACCCUCACCUGUACGCGCUGUAAAAUGGUUCGUUAUUGCAACGGGGAGCACCAAAAACAGCAUUGGCCCGAGCAUAAACUUUGCUGCAAGCCCUUCCAGGAGAAGAAGGAUCCGGAACUGGGACGUUACUUGGUGGCCACCCAGAACAUCAGAGCCAAACAGAUGAUAUUCGUGGAGGAGCCUCUUGUUGUGGGACCUAAAUGGUUUCUCACCGAUCACGAAAAGUCGGCCAGCAUUGUGGCAUGUGUUGGCUGCUACACGCCCUGUCGCGUGGACAGGCAUCAGUGCCGCAAUUGCCGUUGGCCUGUGUGCAGUUCUGUCUGUCAGCACGAAGAUUUGGAGUGCAGCAUUCUCAGGCUGGGCAAUGCGUCGGCUACCAAGUCCGGACAACAUGAUGAUUAUCGUCACGAUGCAAUCCUGGUGCUGAAGUGUCUUUUGUUGCAGCGCUCGCAGCCAGAGCGCUGGAAGGCAUUGCUGGAGAUGCAAUCGCAUGAAGAGGAGCGUCGCGGCACGGAGUUGCUACAGGAGGCGGAGAAGCGAAUUGUUGGCUACUUGAACCAGCGCUAUCUGCAACACCUCAAGGCAAACAAGAAACAACAGAGUCUUCUAAAUGAGUAUGAGCCAGAGCUGCUGCAUCGCCUGUGCGGCAUCAUUGAGACGAACUACAUGGCCAUCGAGCUGCCUACGGGAGUGGAGCUGAGUGGACUCUUUAGACAGGCCUGCAUGAUGGAGCACGCUUGCCAGCCCAAUUGUUACUUUCAGUUUGAUCCUGCCACGCAUCGCAUUGUGGUUCGAGCUGGCUGCGAUAUCAAGAAGGGCGAACACUUGAAGAUCACCUAUACAAACAUAUUGUGGGGCACGCAGCUAAGGCAACAUCAUCUGCGCAUGACCAAGCACUUCAGCUGUCGCUGUUCACGCUGCGAGGAUCCCACCGAAUACGGCAGCUAUGUGAGCGCCAUGCGUUGCCUGGGUGAUGUGUCCAAGACGUGUGUGGGCGUCCAGUUGCCACUGGAGCCUCUAAACGAGCAGACGCAAUGGAAGUGCGACACUUGUCCCAUGCUGGUAGAUGCUACCUAUGUAACGGAAGUGCAGACACACAUGACCGAGGAGGUGGAAAGGUUGCUGGCUACCAAUCCUACAGCUAGCCAAGUGGAAUUGCUGCUGGCACGUCUCUCACAGCUCCUGCAUCCCAAUCACUUUCACAUGUUCAAUCUGAAGCAUACGCUCAUCCAGCUCUAUGGCCAUGAGUCAGGCCUGGAACUGGCCACGCUCAGCGAUCUUCAACUGGGCCGCAAGCAACGACUCUGUGAGGAGCUGCAGAAUGUAUGCCGUCGUCUCGAUCCGCACAGCAUCAAGUUGGCCAUCUAUGUCAGUGUUAUCCUUAUGGAGAUUGCACAUACACUGAAGGAACAGGCUCGCAGGUUGCCUGCAGAGGCUGCAACUAAACUGGAACUGGCUCAGUCGCGCCUUCUGGAGGCGCAGGAAGUGCUGGAGAAGGUGCAAGACUCUGUGGCCGGCAAGAAACUGAACGAUAAGCUGCAGCAAGAUCUUUUUAAGCUUGACAAAAUGAUGCUGGCCAAUAGCCACAGCCAGACUGUUGUUUAAACAAUGAAACAGAUAAUUAAAUUAUUUACAAAGCAUUCAA